CAGCUCAUAUAAUUUCUGCAAGACUGAUCGAUCCUCCUCUUCCUCCUCUCUUCUCAUGUAUUUUCUGCUGCGGCUCCUUUCGGCUUGUCCCUUGUCACGCCCACCUCUCCUCGCUUUCUCCUCUCUUCUCUUCUUUUCUUCUUCCUGGACAGCAGCACUCUCUCACCUCCCGCGACGUCACGCUCUUUUUCUUCUCCCUUCGGGGUUUCCAAGCUCGCGAAGCCUUCCUUGCUGCUCCAGCAGGUCGAGGAAGGGUCCGUUUCAUCGACGCGGCUAGCUGGAUCAGGGACUAACAUUGAAACUCUAUAAAUCCAGAGUAUGCAUUACAGCUAAUUCGCAAACGGUGAGGCUGCUGUCAAUGAAGACGAGAGACAUCCAUUUCUUGCUGACAUGCUACGCAGGGAAAACAGGCAGACAGUACAUCUAGCAGAUGCUAUUGCAAAAGAGAAUGUGUGUUUACUCAUUAAAAGGUUCUAAAGGUCCAGUGUUUCCUCUACGAUCUACCCUCGUCUUCUUCAUUGCAUUAUUCGGCUUCUAUGUGUGCUACUUCUCCUUCAAUCAGUUAACUUUCGAAAAUGAAGAAAAAUUGACCAGCGAAGAAGAACAAACAAAAAAUAUUUGCAGAAAACCUGCAGUUCCACAUGAGCAGAGGCGAUAUCUGCACUUCCCAAAACCUACGACUUAUGACAGGGGCGAGUGCGCCUGUACCCCGGUCCGUUUCUUUGUUAUUGUAUCUAUGCAAAGAUCAGGAAGUGGGUGGUUUGAGACUUUGCUGAACAGCCACCCUAAUGUCAGCUCAAAUGGUGAAAUCUUCUCUGUGAGAGAGAGAAGAGAAAAUAUCUCGACUAUUUUGCAGACGCUCGAUAAAUUGUAUAGCAUGGACUGGCUCACUAGUGCAGCAAAAAAUGAAUGCACAGCAGCAUUUGGAUUGAAGUGGAUGCUAAAUCAGGGACUCAUGGAGCACCAUCAAGACAUUGUUGAUUAUUUAAUUAGAAAAGGGGCUAUGGUGAUACUUCUCUUCAGGAGGAAUACAUUACGGAGGCUUAUCUCUGUGUUGGCUAACAACUACGAUAGAAGAACAAAGCAGUUGAAUGGCAUCCAUAAAUCACACGUUCACUCAAAAGAGGAGGCUGAGAUACUCGCAAGAUUCAAGCCAAAGAUGGACGUGUCAACUCUGAUCCCAAGCAUCAGAAACGCUGAACAUUCCAUGAGAACUUGUUUGGGCCGCUUCCGCAAAACGCACCAUAUGAUCCUCUACUACGAGGAUGUGAUCCGCGACAAAAAUGAACUGUCCCGAGUGCAGGAAUUCCUUGGAGCUCCCGUGACCAAACUGUCUAGCCAGCAUGUGAAGAUCCACACUAGGCCCCUCCCGGACCUCGUCGAUAACUGGGAGGAUGUGAGCGAGAUGCUGAACGGGACAAAGUACGCUCAGUUUCUUGAUGAUGCAGACUAUGUCAAGUGAUGUUUUCGAGUACACAUCAGGGCCAAACGAGUCAUAGUUGCAAUUUCUUUUAGCAAAGGGUUCAAACAUAGAUUUUUCCUUUUUUUUUUCCCCCACAAAAAGAGGGUUGCAGUUUCAGCAGCGUUGUUUGUAUGCAGGAGGUUACAGAAGAGGUGAAGGAAGCAGAGAUGAUAAAAUUGAGGCGUUCAUUUUCCGCCUUUUAGAUUCUGUAUAGAUAUAGAUUUUCUGGGUUUUAUGGGUAGCUCGCAAUUGAGCUCCAUCUCUGAAAUUCCAAGAAAACAGCAAUGAGCAGAUAAUCAGAUGCCGUGUGAAAGUA